GAUGGCUUAUAUAAGUGGUCCCAACCCGCGCGCAAGAAGCCAGCGGUCAAACGCAGUCACCGUGUUCUUCUGCUUCUCACCUCUCUUCUUUACUUGGGCUUCAUUCUCAUCACAAUACUCAUUAUACACCUUUUUGUUUUCUAACGCUCCUUCCCAGCAACAUUCAUGUCGUCCCAAAACCCAAUUCGCAGAAAACUGGUCAUCGUCGGUGACGGUGCUUGUGGGAAGACCUCCCUACUAUGCUCUUUUGCGCUGGGAGAAUUUCCAAAGGAAUAUCAACCGACUAUAUUUGAAAACUAUGUCGCGGAAAUCAGGCUAGAUGGUAAACCUGUGCAAUUGGCACUUUGGGAUACUGCAGGGCAGGAAGAGUAUGAACGUUUACGACCACUGUCCUACUCCAAGUCACAUGUUAUUUUAAUUGCUUUCGCUAUCGACACCCCAGAUUCUCUGGAUAACGUAUCUGUAAAAUGGAUCGAAGAAGUUCGGAGCAUAUGUGGCCCAACUAUCCCAAUUCUACUCGUUGGGUGUAAAGCCGACUUGCGUCCAUCUCCCAAUUCUCCUGAUAUUGGCAACUUCGUCUCGCGUGCUGAAGCUGAACGCGUGGCAUCAAUGAUCGGUGCACGCGCUUACAAGGAGUGCUCCGCCCUCAAGAUUGAGGGUGUGGAUGAUGUGUUCGAGGCUGCCACCCGAGCAAGCAUGCUUAUGAGAGAGGGCGUGCCCUCCUCUGCUCAUCAUAGAAGGAAGAGCAGUGGGCGUAGUGGUGAAGCGUCCAACGGAGACUCGACUGGUGGAAGCUGGAAGUGUUGCGUUGUCUGCUGAUAACCUCACUUACCCGCGUUCAUUUCGGGUUCAUUGAUAGCUCUUCGGAUGGCCCGCUUCUUCCUCGGCAUCAUCAUUGACCUAUGGACUAGCUUCAGCUCUUGCACAUAC